CUCUUCGAGACGGCCGUUGCUACAGCUCAGCCCCGUCAGUCGCGACUUCGGACUGCAGAGCGAAGGUGCCGGCGAAGAUAACCCCCCCACACACACCACCACCCCAACCCAGCUGAACGACUCGGCGGCGCUCCCCGUCUGUUUGCUUUCCGAUCCGAGAGCGGGCGGCUCCUUGCAGGCGACACGGCGGGUUGAGUCGUGCCAGGUUUGGGUGGCCACUACCCCGAGCACCAGUGUCGCCGUCCCUUCUCCAGAGGAGAUGCUGCCGCGGUUAGCGGCGACACGCCUCAAGUUCGCCGCGGGUUUCGUGCUCGGCUGCCUCCUCUGCUCCUUCACGUUCCAGCAAACGAGGCUCGGCGGGGAGCUGCGGGGCUGGCUGGGGCCCUCCAGAUGGCAGCAGCACCAGGGCAUCCACCGGCGGCGCCCGAGCAACGCGACAUCAGAGCUGCAGGCUCCUCAGGACGACUCUAGUGCCCUUAGGGUCCUCUGCUGGGUCAUGACCUCGCCCCAGUCCCUCCAGAAGGCGCGCCAAGUCCAGAGCACCUGGGGGCGCCGCUGCACCGUGCUGCUCUUCAUGAGCUCCAGGGCAGACCCCAGCCUACCGGCGGUCGGGCUCAACACGUCCGAGGGGCGAGGCGAGCUCUACCGGAAGACGAUGGCCGCCUUCACGCUGGUCCACGACCGUUACCUGCACGCGGCCGACUGGUUCCUCAAGGCGGAUGACGACACGUAUGUGGUGAUGGAGAACCUCCGGCUGCUGCUCUCCAAGCACGACAGCAGUCAGCCGCUCUACCUGGGCCGCCGCUUCAGCCCUUAUGUCCGGCAGGGCUACAUGAGCGGCGGGGCGGGCUACGUGCUGAGCCGGCAGGCCCUGAGGCGCUAUGUGGCAGGCCUGAAGGAUGGCACCUGCACUCACACGUCUUCGGUGGAAGACUUGGCCAUUGGCCGCUGCAUGGAGAGCCUGGGGGUGCGGGUGGUGGACACACGGGACGUGCAGCGUAGGGAGAGCUUCCACCCCCUGUACCCCGAGCUGCACCUCAUCCCGGGCAUCCUGGCACCCAGCCACUGGUACUGGAAGUACAGCUUCUACAAGGCCCGCAACGGUCCUGACUGCUGCUCCGACCUCUCCGUUUCAUUCCACUACAUCACCCCGGAAGACAUGCACAUCCUGGAGUAUUAUGUCUACCACCUGCGGGUCCCUGGCCACCAUCAAGAUGACACGGUGGACUUCCUGACUCCCACAGGCCAGCCGCCGUAAGGACAGGGGCAUCUACUCGCCUGUGCCCACCUUCCUCUUGCCGGUUGUCUUUUGCUUUCCCACCUCGCCUUCCGAGGUGAGCUGACCUUCUUGUGCUGAUGAGCUCUUUGAUGGCCCCCUGAAUGUUUUGUGGCACCUGCUUGGUUUGACCUGGGCACCUCAAGGGCACCACGUGUGAAGUGUGGGGUUAAUCGGCUCUUCACCUUUGAUGCCUUAUAGCGCCUUACACUCCAUUUUAGACAUGCCUGCUCGCCGGUGGCUGCAGUGGUCAACCUGGGUCUAUCCGAAGGUGUUCUGCUGCCCACCUGCUGGUGUUAAGUGCCAGCUUGCUGGCUCAGUGCACAGAAGGCGCUAUAUAAAGGGAACGGUUAGACAUUCACCACGACGAGUCCCACCCUUAAAGUUUAGCAGUGAAUCUCGCAGGCUGACCGAGUCAACGCGCCAACGCUGAGCUUAUCUCAGAGCCCCACCCAUGCCAGCUGGGGAGCUGCUGUUUAUCUCCUUGGCCUGCCAGCUGCUCUUUUUCAGCGUGCGCUGUGCCCAAACAGAAGGCAGCACAAGGCCUGUGUCGUGACCAGGGUUCAAUUGGGCAGGAAAGUGCCAGCCACUGGGAUAUCGCUUGGCCACCUGGGAGGCUGGCAGGGGUGUGACCACAGCUGGACAAUGAGUGUGACUCGGGAGUCUGAUACCGUGUCACUUGGCGUCCCUUUGAUUUUCACAAUUGAUGGUCCGUGUGCCACUGAUUUUGAUUAAUGCCAGGUGUCCUCCUGUGUGCCCAGACAGCACAGAUGUGGUGCACGAGUGCCCUCUAGUGGCCACACUUCGGUGGCUAAGCUUGAAGCUCAUCUGUCUGCUGCGGUCCACAGGGGGGCACACGCAGGUCCAUUUCGGCCUCCAGUCUCAUCCCACCAGGGGUGCCCAAGUCUGGGGGAGCCUUCACUUCGGCCCAGGACUUUUGUUAAAGCCGCCUGAGAGCUCUAAAAGCAAGGCAGCCUCAGAGUGGCACAGCACUGUGCCCGGUUGGCAAGGAGCUUCCCACACAUGCGGGCCUUGUUCGGGCUUCUGGGGGCAAUGGGCAUGCCAGAUGUUGGCACUUUGUGUCCCAGCCUGCAUUAAAUGCCUCCUCCUCCUCCUCCUCCCACACAGCAACAUCCUAAGCAGUAAAUGGCCGGACGUUUUAAUGCAUGAAACACACAAGGAGAGUCUCUGGUCAGUAGAACUGAGCCGUGCUGCCCGCCUGCCAGUCACGGUGUCCGAAGACUGCCAUCCAGCGCACUGAGCAUGCUGAUGGCAGCCCAGUGCCCGCUUUACCAUCCUGUUUACAGACGUUAGACCAACGAACGAUGCAGUCACCCACAAGUCCCCCUUCAUGACAGAUGCGUUUGGUGGUCUCGGUGGCCCGCUAUUCCCGUGUUACAGGCCUUGGGCCGGACCACCGCCAUCUUGGGUCGUAGGUGGGGUGAGGCUGAGUUACGUUAAGCAUCUGAAUACCCGCCGAGCGCCUCCAGAAAGUCUUCACCCCCUCAGCUCUUUGUGGCCUUCUGUUCAAAUCGUCUCCACUCGCCAAGCAACACGCAGUGCAGCAGGAUGAGAAAGCGAACGCGGCAAACGGUUCAAAUUAAUUAAAGAAGAAAGCAAACAAACCUGAGCCGUCCCACUGCCCCGAGUACUGAGGGUCUUCACUGCCAUUCCAGCCUGGAGUCGCUCAGCUCGAUUUGUAUGGAUGGGCACCACUGGUGCAGUGCCAGUGCCAGGUCUCUGCAGACUUGGGUUCAAGUCUCGGCUCUGGCUGGGCAACUGUCCCUACGCUGUCCACUGAGUUGUCUUUGCUUUGUGACCCGUUGGUCACUCUGAGCAGGUUUUCAUCGAGGAGAUCCACAUUCCACUUCCCCUCGGCCCUCUCCACUCUCCCAGUCCCUUUGGCUUCUGACACCAGUGCUUCACUACUGGCACAGCGAUGAGAGGUGCCUGGUGUCCUCCAGACACGACGCUAACGUUGGUUUCACCAGACCAGAGGGUCUCGAUUCGCACGGCCUGAGAGUCGGUCCACGUGUCCUUAACCAGGAGAGGCUUCUCUCUGGCCACUCUGUCUUCAAGCCCACCUUGGUGGAAUAUCGCGGUGGUGACGUAGAGAAGAAUAUUCCUUAAAUAUACUAGGAGAGAAUCAUCAGCAUAUAUGAAAAUAACGCAGACGGGCACAGCAAGGGUUAAACUUUGAAAAGCCCUCGCGUGGUCCUCUUUGCAGCUGUAAAGCCCCCAUAACUGGGUGCUGAGCUUGGACUUUAGUCGAGGACGCUGUCAACUCUUGAGGGCGAGUGCCCAUUGUCUGAGGCCUUGGCCAGGAGAGAAAAACCAGACGGGCGGCGCGCCUCCACUUUCAGGGCUGGGCCUCGGCCUCCUCGUCUGUCUGCCCAUCUAUCUGGACAGGUGAGGACAAGUCAAGCCAAAUCAAGUUUACAACAACAUCCUUAUUGUUUUACGGGCACAGCUGCCCAGCCUCCAGCCCAGUGUCAUAUGAGUGGGUCCGCCUGACACCGACUUACUGGUGGAAUUCGAUGGACAAACAGGUUUCAGACACCUGCACGGGAUAAGGAGCCGUGUUGGAAAGUUUAAGCUGAUGGGCAUUAGGGAAAGACCAGCCGAGUGGGCAGGACAAAGCGCUCAUCUCAUUAAGCUGAAGACAUUGGUGGACCUACGUAGGGGCAGCAGGUCUAAGGCUACGAGAUGACUGGGUGUCAGACGAGGAUGAUGAUGAUGAUGAUAAGAAUUGUAAGACUAAAACGGUUUGCCCAGCUUUGGGCGCUCGUCUCAUUUGAUCGGGGUCUGUGUUGGCAUCAUGCAGUAACGCUCGAUUCCGUGUGCCUUCUUUGAGCAGCAGCGUCUUUCUGCCACAACAGGGACUGUCCUUCUGGAAGUUUCUGCCAUCUCCACAUGGGGUCUCUGGAGCUCAGCCAGAGUGACCGUCACAUUCUUGUCCAUCUCUCUUCUCUCAUGAUUGUUGAGUUUGGCCGGGUGGUUGUUCCUAAACUUAAGGAGGCCACUUUGUCCCUGGGGUCCUUCAAUGCUGCAGGAUAUUCUGUGUCACCUCCCUGAGGUCCUGUGCCCAACCGUCACUGGUGGGACGUUCUGCAGACAUCUCGGUGAUGAUCGGUAGAAUGGGAUGCACUGCGACUGCGUUUGUCGACUCGUUGUUUCCAUUUUUUGCCUUUCGCUUUCUUCUUCUGGGCAGUUUGUGUUGCUGGAUGUGCGAGAAAAGAAUUUGGAAGAUUUGAGCAGAAGGCCGCAAAAGAACAACGUGAAGUGAAGCCGGCCGAGUCCGCCACAUGUAAUGAUAUCUAAUGCUGUGAAAAAGUAUGUGCCCCCCGUGAUUUGCAGGGCCCCGGGGGUCCCCUUUUCCCAGCAUGCCAUCAGCUGGAGUUUUUCUUUCUUCCAUCCAUCCAUUUUCCAACCCGCUAUAGUCCUAACUACAGGGUCACGGGGGUCUGCUGGAGCCAAUCCCAGCCAACACAGGGCACAAGGCAGGGAACCAAUCCCGGGCAGGGUGCCAACCCACCGCAGGACACACACAAACACACCCACACACCAAGCACACACCAGGGCCAAUUUAGGAUCGCCAGUCCACCUAACCUGCAUGUCUUUGGACUGUGGGAGGAAACCCACGCAGACACGGGGAGAACAUGCAAACUCCACGCAGGGAGGACCCGGGAAUCGAACCCAGGUCCCCAGAUCUCCCAACUGCGAGGCAGCAGCGCUACCCACUGCGCCACCGUGCCGCCCGUUUUUCUUUCCUUUGAACUCCAUUUGCAUUGUUUCCAUUUUAUUGAUUGUUAUUCUGUUUACUGUUUGUAAAACACUCUGA